AUGCAAUUGCGCGUGAAAAUAGGACAAUGGUGUCCUUUGCGAACACAAAAGCUAGUGAGAAAUUAUCGCAAAUGUGCUAUCGAGACAUUGUCCACCCCCAUAUCAGGACCCGUAUUGAAGACAGCAUUGAUGGAAGGUUACAAUCCGAGCAUUCGAGCCGUUCCCAUGGGCAAAGCAGCUGAUUAUACGAUGACACUGAGACCUCAACAACGGAUCUGCUAUUAUCCAGGGAAGCUGCAUGGAGGAAUACAGGCGUUCUACUUGGACCAAAUUUUCGCGGAUUGCUGUGCAGGAGCCCUUACGGCUAAUCUAGCUAUCUCUUAUCUCCGGCCAGUCAACCCUCAGGCUCCGCUGAGGAUCAGUACCUGGCCUGUAAGAGUGGAGGGGCGCAAGGUGUACAUGGAAGGAUCAAUCAAGAUUCCGGACCAAGCCACAGGGGCCCUGGUGGAGGCCGUCCGUGCUACGGCUCUUUUUAUUAUGCCCAAAGACAAGGCCGUUCAAAUAUCUAGUUGA